GUACAGAGCGGAGCCCCGGGGCUUCGGUGGCUGCCUCGGAGCUCCUACCGGGAACCACCGUCUCUGGCCCGGGUUAUUCCAACGCCGGUCCAGGAUGCCGAGCUGUUCAUCGUGAGUCGGCUUCAUGACCCUGAGCACUUUGACCGACGAAAGGAAAGCGCCCCCUGCCAGCACCUGCAGCCUCGGUGGCCCCGACAUGAUCCCCUACUUCUCUGCCAAUGCGGUCAUCUCUCAGAACGCCAUCAACCAGCUCAUCAGUGAGAGCUUCUUAACUGUCAAAGGUGCUGCCCUAUUUCUACCACGAGGGAAUGGCUCGUCUACACCAAGAAUCAGCCACAGACGCAACAAGCAUGCAGGCGAUCUCCAACAGCAUCUUCAAGCAAUGUUCAUAUUACUCCGCCCAGAAGACAACAUAAGGCUGGCUGUAAGACUGGAAAGUACUUACCAAAAUCGAACACGCUAUAUGGUAGUGGUUUCAACUAAUGGUAGGCAAGACACUGAAGAAAGCAUUGUCCUGGGAAUGGAUUUUUCUUCUAAUGACAGUAGCACUUGUACCAUGGGCUUGGUCUUGCCUCUCUGGAGUGACACCCUAAUUCAUUUGGAUGGUGAUGGUGGGUUCAGCGUAUCAACAGAUAACAGAGUUCACAUAUUCAAACCAGUAUCUGUGCAAGCAAUGUGGUCUGCACUACAGAGUUUGCACAAGGCUUGUGAAGUGGCCAGAAUGCAUAACUACUAUCCAGGCAGCCUUUUUCUCACUUGGGUGAGUUAUUACGAGAGCCAUAUCAACUCAGAUCAGUCCUCAGUCAAUGAAUGGAAUGCUAUGCAGGACGUGCAGUCUCAUCGGCCUGACUCUCCAGCCCUCUUCACAGACAUACCAACUGAACGUGAGCGAACAGAAAGGCUUAUUAAGACCAAAUUAAGGGAGAUUAUGAUGCAAAAGGAUUUGGAGAAUAUCACAUCCAAAGAGAUACGCACAGAGCUGGAAAUGCAGAUGGUGUGCAACUUGCGAGAAUUUAAGGAAUUCAUAGAUAAUGAAAUGAUAGUGAUCCUUGGUCAAAUGGAUAGUCCUACACAGAUAUUUGAGCAUGUGUUCCUGGGCUCAGAAUGGAAUGCCUCGAACUUAGAGGACUUGCAGAACCGAGGGGUGCGGUAUAUCUUGAACGUCACUCGAGAGAUAGAUAACUUCUUCCCUGGAGUCUUUGAGUAUCAUAACAUUCGAGUAUAUGAUGAAGAGGCAACAGAUCUCCUGGCUUACUGGAAUGACACUUAUAAAUUCAUCUCUAAAGCAAAGAAACAUGGCUCUAAAUGUCUUGUGCACUGCAAAAUGGGGGUGAGUCGCUCAGCCUCCACUGUGAUCGCCUAUGCAAUGAAGGAGUAUGGGUGGAAUCUGGAUCGAGCCUAUGACUAUGUGAAGGAAAGACGAACGGUGACCAAGCCUAACCCCAGCUUCAUGAGACAACUGGAAGAAUACCAAGGGAUCUUGCUGGCCAGCAAACAGCGGCAUAACAAACUCUGGAGAUCUCAUUCAGAUAGUGACCUCUCAGACCACCAUGAACCCAUCUGUAAACCUGGGCUGGAGCUCAACAAGAAGGAGAUGACCACAUCAGCAGACCAGAUCACUGAGGUGAAGACUGUGGAGAACCUUGCAGCCAUGCCUCCCGUCUUUGUGGAACAUGUGGUCCCACAAGAUGCAAAUCAGAAAGGACUGCGCACCAAAGAAAGAGUCAUCUGCUUGGAGUUUUCUUCACAAGAGUUUCAUGCCAGUCAGAUUGAAGAUGAAUUAAACUUAAAUGACAUCAAUGGAUGCUCGUCAGGGUGUUGUCUCAGUGAAUCAAAAUUCCCUCUUGACAACUGCCAUGGAUCUAAAGCCUUACUCCAACCUGGACAGGCCCCAGACAUUGCCAACAAGUUCCCAGAUUUAGCAGUGGAAGAUUUGGAGACAGAUGCACUGAAAGCAGACAUGAAUGUCCACUUACUACCAAUGGAAGAGUUGACAUCACGACUUAAAGACCUCCCCAUGUCACCUGACCUGGAGUCACCAAGCCCCCAAGCCAGUUGCCAAGCUGCCAUCUCCGAUUUUAGUGCAGAUCGUAUUGAUUUUUUUAGUGCCCUAGAGAAGUUUGUAGAGCUUUCUCAAGAAACCCGUUCUCGGUCUUUUUCUCACUCAAGGAUAGAAGAAUUAGGUGGAGGAAAGAGUGAGGGUUGUCGCCUGUCAGUGGUAGAAGUGGCACCUUCAGAAAUGGCAGCUGAUGACCAGAGAAGCAGCUCUUCGAGUAAUACUCCCCAUGCAUCUGAAGAAUCUUCUGUGGAUGAGGACCAGUCAAAGGCAGUCUCAGAACUUGUCAGCCCAGACAUCAUCAUGCAGUCUCACUCAGAAAAUGCAAUUUCAGUCAAAGAAAUUGUCACUGAAAUUGAGUCCAUUAGUCAAGGAGUUGGGCAGGUUCAGUUAAAAGGAGACAUCCUCUCUAACCCAUGCCAUACACCAAAGAAGAACACCACCCAUGAGCUGCCCCUGGAGAGGGUACAAGCCCCUGAAAAUAAACCUGGACAUUUGGAGCAGGACGAAAGUUUCUGUGGUGUCCAGCCAGAACUAGCUAGAGAGUCGGGGAAGUGUGCCCCAGAAGAAGGCUGUCUGACCAUACACUCAUCUACAGUAGACUUGGAAGAAGAGGAACCAGUUGAGGGGGAACAUGACUGGGGCCCAGGGGUACACCCUGGUGCCAAGUGGUGCCCUGGGUCUGUGAGGCGAGCCACCCUGGAGUUUGAAGAGCGCUUGCGACAAGAGCAGGAGAACCAUUGUACAGCCUCUGCAGGUCCUACAUUAUCCAAUCGCAAGAACUCUAAGAAUGAUUCUUCUAUGGCAGACCUAAUGCCAAAAUGGAAAAGUGAUGAAACCACCCCAGAACAUUCAUUUUUCCUCAAAGAAGCCGAGCCAAGCAAGGGUAAAGGGAAAUGCAGUGGCUCUGAAGCUGGAUCACUAUCCCACUGUGAGCAUAAUCCCACUGUUCCAGCCUCUGAGCUGCUGGAGCAUCCUUCCUUGCCAGCUCCUCAGGACUGCCUAGGGUCAGAUAGUAGAAGUAAGAAUCAGGAAGGAGACCUGAAGAAGCAGAGGACUGUGGUUCUAAACCAGGAAUGUGAGACACAGGCCAUCCUUCUCCCCCUCCCCAAGAAAAUAGAAAUCAUUGAGUAUACACCAACAGCUACAUCACUUGAUCACACUGAGCCAGUAGGUGAGACAACACCCAGCAAAGAGGGUGAGAAACAAGGACUGAGGAAGGUGAAGAUGGAGAGGUCUAUCACUAUGUUUUGUGCUCUGGAUGAAAAUUUGAACAGGACUCUGGACCCCAGUCAGGUUUCUCUGCAUCCCCAAGUGCUACCUCUGCCUCAUUCUUCCUCUUGUGACAAGCCCACUGACCCAACCCCUAUGUUAAAUAGCCCUCAAGACAAAGGGGACAGCCCAUCCACACCCUUCAAGACAGCAGCACCUUUUGUCAGUUGCAGUACCCAGGGAGCAUCUGUCAGCUUGGAUUGUUUGCUUCCCCAUUUCGUGGUUCACCUGGAAGGCUGCACAGAGCAAAGCAGUACCACAGACAGCGAGCUGUCUUCAGAGCAGGUUAGCUGGAAGGAUAGCCAGGGGGACUUCCUUUCCAGUGGUAGUGGAAUGGCACACAAAUCCUCUCCAUUAACUAAAGAAGACCUAAGUUUAAUUAACAAACUUGGUGACAGUGUUGGCGUGUUACAGAAAAAACCAGAUCCAUCACCCAAAGCCUGUCGAAUUCCACAUAGCUCUAGUAGUGAAAAUAUAAGAAAUCUCAGCCACAGCCAUGGUGUGGUAAAGGAGCACGCUAAAGAAAUUGAGUCUCGAGUGAUUCUCCAAGGAGGGUUCUCCAAAACAUCACAUAUGAAGCGCUCGGCUUCUCUUGCCAAGUUGGGUUACCUGGAUCUUUGUAAAGACUACUUACCGGAUAGAGAGUUUGUCUCCUCAGAAUCCCCUCAUCUCAAAUUGCUUCAGCCCUUCCUCAGAACAGACUCAGGCAUGCAUGCCUUGAUGGCCCAUGAGCCCUCAGAAAGCCCAGGUGCCCACAAGAACCUACAGUCCACCAAGUAUUUUGUAGAGCAACUAAAAGCAACAGAGUGUAUUGUGCAGAACAAGCCAGUGGAGAGGCCCAGUGUGCAGUAUGCCAAAGAGUUUGGUUACAGUCAGCAGUGUUUGCUCCCCAAGGCAAGACCAGAAUUGACUAGCUCUGAAGGAGGCCCUCCUUUGCUACAGACACAGGGUCUGCAGUAUACAGGCACCUCUCCAGGGCUGGCUGUGGCACCCCGUCAGCAACAUGGCAGAACUCACCCCCUUAGGAGACUGAAAAGAGCAAGUGAUAAAAAACGGACAACCAACCCCUUCUAUAACACCAUGUGAUCCUGAGCCCACACACACGUGAUUUUCUAAGAAAAUGUUUGUUAAAGGGGCGGUGUAAUAUGUAAGGAACAUGCACUUUAUUGGUUAAUUUUAUAAUAUUUUGGUCAUUUUACUGUUCCUGGCUCAUGCAGGGUUUGGGUUUUUCCAUGUGUAUACGUGUGUGUGUGUGUGUGUGUGUGUGUGUGUGUGUGCAUGCAUGUGUGUGUUUGAGUAUAUGUGUUUAUGUAUGUGUACUGAUUUGGAUGGUAAGAUCAUUUUAUUAUUUUUAUUUUUUAAAAAUUCAAACCUCAAAAAGUUUUUUUUCAAAGAGCACCUUUAUCAAAGGCAAAUUGCUGUUUUUCAAUCAACUGCCACUUGUCUCUUCUCAUACUGCCCUCUGAGAAAAGACAUGCCUGCUUGGUUGAGAGAAAGAAACAGAUGGGGUAGGUGGCACUGAAGCCGGGAACUGGAAAUGCUCACCCAGGCCUGAGGCGACCUGUGUGCUGAAGGGCAGAGGGAAGUCCAUGCUCUCAGCCUCCUCUAGCCCUCCUUUGGAGUUCCUGAAGUUGCAGGUUCUGCUUUCCUUUAAGAGGCAGUUGAGACUCCCAUUUCUUCUGAUUUUCCAAAACGCAUUGAUCAUUACAAAAAAGGAGUGGUAAUUGACCUACUGAUAGAAACCUACGAAGGAAAUAAUUUUCUCCAAGAAAACAAUCUAAAAUCAGAGGGAACCCUAAGUGGAAUUCAAGGUCAUCUGUAGAGAAAUGCAUUAAGAGAGAAGGUGGGGUCAAAGGUGGAAACACAGCUCCUAAGUCUCUGUGGGGCCAGUGGAAUCCACACAGGUGAGUCCUGGCCCUGCCUGCCGGGUCCCCGCCUGGCGGAUGACGGGCUCAGGCACCGCCUCCCAACUAAAGACCUGGAAACAGGCUUGAAAAACAGCAAAGUCAGUGUGUUCUUGUAAAAUGAAUACAUACUGUGGGGUUUUAACCCUGUUACUUGAAUACUCAGUGGGCCUUCUGAGUUUAAUGGUCGUAGUUUUCCAAUUGAUUUCUUCUCUCUUGCUGUUUCCUCAUCCUGCCAUUUUCUUAAUUUCACAAAUUAUAUUUUAAUUGUUACAUUACAUACAUAGAACCUAUUGAACACAAAGUUUUCUAUGUUAGCCCUGUUAACACUUGAUGCAAGUUUUUUCCCCUAAUUUUUCCUAGGUUUGUCUUUUUUCUACAGUUCAUACACAGUAUUUAUGUACAUAAUGUCACUUUUUUAAUGUUUCAUGGUUGAUAUUGUGGGUCUUUUGAUUUAUUCUUGUUAAGGAGUAGAGUUGCAACUGGAAAAGAGAGAGAUACCAGAAAUAAACUGGUAGUUUUUGGUAGAAAUCUUUAUUUGUUUUAAAUGAAAACUUGUCAUUGCCAGCUCCUGCCAAAUUAAGUACUUCCUCUUGAGAAACCCUGCAGGCUCCCACUAGAUCACGCUGAACGCUGGCUUCUGGUCGAGGCUGAAGUCCCAGAUCAUGGCUUGCCAGUAAUUGAAGCACAGCCAGAUAUGUGUCUUUGCUGCUCAAAGUAGAGGCUCCCAGUGGGAGGCUGAGAGGCUGGGGGGGCUCAGCCAAGGACACAGAUUCCACUAGGAUACUACGGCUUUGUUGCUGUCCUGCCACUCUUUAACACUGGCCCGCCUGCUGCAAAUACGCCCCUGAGAAUAGUACAGAAAACAUCUGGAGAUAACCACCACAGCUUAGCAAACUGAAGAGGUCUACGACUUUGCUCCCUGUUUGCUUUUGUGGAUGUCCACAUUGCUGAGGAUUGUCUGGGUAGGAGCCGGAGACUUAGGUUUUAAUUCAUCAUAGCCCUAGCUGGAAAAAGACAGACACACAGAUUAAUGACUUUGGAGGGAGCAAGUAGUAGAAUACCAGAAAAGUAGACUGCAGCCAUUUUCAAGUGCUCCAGAUCUGGGAGUCCACUUGCCAUGCAACGCCGUGGUUGGCUCUGACAUUACUGCCAGGAAGCAGUUCGCCACCAACUGCUGAAAACAUGUGGGGUAGGAGUUAUAGAUACCUGUACUGUCUUUCGGUAGUUUCUUUAAAUGUCACAGCUUUGUGAGUCUUGGAUAUUUGUGUGUUGUCUUAUUAGGUGGUAUGUAUCAGUGUGUGAGGGAGGCUUGGGAAGCAAGAUGGUGGAUUCUAGGACACAUCUGCUAAAGAGUCCUGUCUACCAGUAUGACCGGAGGACAAGAAAUUAUGAGUGAGGAGUGUUUACAUAAAGGCUGAAAGAGUGCAUCACCAAAAAAUAAUAAUAAAAGCUGGGUGUAGUAGCUCACAUUUGCAAUCCCCACAUCUGGGAGGCUGAGGCAGGAAGAUCACUAUGAGCUAGAUGCCAACUUCGGCUACAGAGUGAGACCCUGUCUCAAAAAAGUGGCAUCCAUAUGCCACACAUCAGCAGUGAGCACUGCACUCUCCUCUCCCAGGAGAGAAUGUUCUCACUGCAUCUCUCACAGCAGAGACUGAGAUAAGGCCCAGCGAGGGCACUGGGGGCGGAGGGACGGACCUGGGUUUUGGUUUUGUUUUGUUUCUCAAGAUUUAAAGAAUGGAAGAAACCAUCUUCUGCUGUCUUCCUUCUUAAUUGUCUUUCCUAUCAUUUAACUCACCUGCCUAGGAUUCUUCCACACAGGGUCUAUAAUUCAGCUAUGCCAAAGGGUCUUGCCAGCCCUCCAAACCCCGACACUUGGGUUGUUCCUAAGUCAUGCUUAUGGCUAAGGCAGGUGCAUAAUAAGCUGUUGAAGACUUUUUACUUUAGCAUUUGAUAAUUUCAGAUUGUCUGUCUGUUUUUUUCUGUUCGUGGAAAGCCUGGACCUGACUCUGACAAACUGCUAAGCAGGAAAAACCUUGACCUCCUGACUAGUGCUUAACCUCUUGCUCAAUGCCUCUGUCUCUCUUUACUGUUUUUAAGACCAUAGUAGUCCUGUCAGUAUGUCUGGAAAAGUGUGUAAGCACACAUGUGGACACUUAGACGGGGGAACUGACAUUUCAGUGCCUGGGCUAACAGCCCCAGGAACAGGCAGGAUUGGAGCUAUAGCCUGACUUUAUUGAACUAUACCUAACUGUAGGGAAGAACCGCAGCCCUUCGUUGUCUUCGGAAGCAGCAGCAGUGGGUGGUGUGGGCACAGCACAGUGGGGAGCACUGCAUCUCAGUGUGGUUGCCUCUUGUUCUUUUUAACACAUCGGUUCCUCUUCCUGCAUCCCCACCUCUUCAGCAUCUUUAGUGUUUUCCUGCUCUGUACUUUUGUCUGUGCUGCUAUUUCCUUCUUUCUCAUACUGGGAACUACCAAGAGCUCCAGGGACAGCCUGGGGACACAUCCCAGGCUCCAUAGUCUCCUGCUCCUGAGCCCAGAUGUUUCCUCUGAGAGGCCUCUGACACAGUGGCUCACAGGACUCUGUACCUGAGGUUCUCUUUCAGUAAAAAUGUUCUGUGGGAUUUGAGGUUUUCUAUUUUCUAAGAAAGCAUUAUGCAAAAAGUUUUAAGGGCAUUUUAAAGAAAAGCCAUCUUUCUUGGCUUUUUCAAACAACUAUCUGUGGAUACUUUGUUUACUUUGUGAGUAUUAAAAUAUGCAUCAUCGCUGUGGCCUCAGGCACUGAAGCCAUGGCUGUCCUAUGAGUCCUCCCCCAGAGAAAAUGCCAUAUUAUUGUCAUCCCUUGUGGAUAAAUGGGUCAGAUGUGGAGCUGAUGUCCAUCUGUGUCCUGCACUUGCAUCCAGCAGUCUUUUCUCAGUGCUGUAGUGAUGGUCGUGAUGGUGAAUGGAUAGUAUGGUUGUUUGGUUUUCACUUUUUAAUGGUAGACAAGGUGACAUUCCGUUGUUUCAGCACCAAUCCAACUUAAAAGAUCAUAGACUUCGUUAUCCCUUCCAAACUAAAAAAUCAAGCAUGUAUUGGACAUAAGUGUACGUGUUGCCUCGACUCAUCUGGCACCCAUAUUAGGAAAAGGCCUACCACCAAAGCAGGAAGCGGCACGCUCCUUUCCCCAGGGCUUUGGGACCUCUUGAUGCCAUGGAGAGUUGUUGCAAGGUGCUUCCCUACUGCUCCAACCUGAAGCAGAGGUGACUGGGCCUGGCUUCUGCUACGAAGAGAAGCAGCCUCAUCUCGUGCCCCAGAGAUCUAGGAUGGGAUUUCUAAACUGGAAUCACCCCUUAAUCAACUUGAAGAGCUCCAACCCCCACCCAGGUAUAGGGCUAGUGCUGCCACCUGUCUUCACAGUGACGGUAGUGGCAGCGUCCUGCCUACAGAGAGCAAAUACCCCAAAUGGAAAGCUGAGGAACUGACAUGAUGUUUCUUAGUCAGUAAGCCCACUGGGAAUUGAUGGGUUUUAUUUGAUUGUGAUUUGCUUGGCAUAGAUAAAGGUGCCUUUCCCUCUCCCCACACCUUUUAAACUUUGUUUUGUAAGACUUGUUUGAAACCCAAACAAGUCCAAAAGACUCGCACUGACUGUUACCUUUGUCCAGGCUAUCCCAAACUUCUAUAUGCUCUCAUUUUAUUAAAAGCAGGUGCUCCCUGGAAUCUCUGGGACCUUUUUGAGGCAUUUAAAGCAGAAUAUAGAGAGUGGCCUCAUCUCCUUCCUUAAUCCUGGUGGUUGGGAUGUCCCACUUGUAUCAUAGUUUUUAUUACUGAUGUGCUCCGCUGUUUUUAAAUGUGAACUUGUGCGCAGAUGUGCAGAUUCAAUGUUCUUGUUACAGAUUGAAUAAAUUUUUAUUUUGAAGACAAAA